AUGUCGGAGGAGCAUUUCGGCGGGGACGGGGCGGCGGCGGCGGCGGCCCCGGAGGCGGGCGGCGGCGCAGCGGCGGCAGCGGCGGAGCAGGAGGGAGCCAUGGCGGCGGCUGCGGUGGCGGCAGCAGCGACGGCAGCGCCGGCCGCCCCGGCAGCAGCGCCGGCGGCAGGCGCCGGGCCGGGGCCGGAGCCGGAGCCGGGGCCGGGGAGCGGCGGCGAAGGUACCGAGGGGCCCGGUGCCGAGUCGGAGGGGGCCAAGAUCGACGCCAGUAAGAACGAGGAGGACGAAGGCCAUUCAAACUCCUCCCCACGGCACUCUGAAGCAGCGACGGCACAGCGGGAAGAAUGGAAAAUGUUUAUAGGAGGCCUUAGCUGGGACACUACAAAGAAAGAUCUGAAGGACUACUUUUCCAAAUUUGGUGAAGUUGUAGACUGCACUCUGAAGUUAGAUCCAAUCACAGGGCGAUCAAGGGGUUUUGGCUUUGUACUAUUUAAAGAAUCGGAGAGUGUAGAUAAGGUCAUGGACCAGAAAGAACACAAAUUGAAUGGCAAAGUGAUUGAUCCUAAAAGGGCCAAAGCCAUGAAAACAAAAGAACCUGUUAAAAAAAUUUUUGUUGGUGGCCUUUCUCCAGAUACACCUGAAGAGAAAAUAAGGGAGUACUUUGGUGGUUUUGGUGAGGUGGAAUCUAUAGAGCUCCCCAUGGACAACAAGACCAACAAGAGGCGUGGAUUCUGCUUUAUUACUUUUAAGGAAGAAGAACCAGUGAAGAAAAUAAUGGAAAAGAAAUAUCACAACGUUGGUCUUAGUAAAUGUGAAAUAAAAGUAGCCAUGUCAAAGGAGCAAUAUCAACAGCAGCAGCAGUGGGGAUCCAGAGGAGGAUUUGCAGGAAGAGCUCGUGGAAGAGGUGGUGGCCCCAGUCAAAACUGGAACCAGGGAUAUAGUAACUAUUGGAAUCAAGGCUAUGGCAACUAUGGAUAUAACAGCCAAGGUUACGGUGGUUAUGGAGGAUAUGACUACACUGGUUACAACAACUACUAUGGAUAUGGUGAUUAUAGCAACCAGCAGAGUGGUUAUGGGAAAGUGUCCAGGCGAGGCGGUCAUCAAAAUAGCUACAAACCAUACUAAAUUAUUCCAUUUGCAACCUCUCCCCAACAGGUGGAGAAGCAGUAUUUUCCGAUUUGAAGAUUCAUUUGAAGGUGGCUUGUGCCACUUGCUAAUAGCAGUUCAAACUAAAUUUUUUUGUAUCAAGUCCCUGAAUGGAAGUAUGACGUUGGGUCCCUCUGAAGUUUUAAUUCUGAGUUCUCAUUAAAAAACAAAAUUUGAUUUAAUUGUUUUAUUUCUUAAUUGCUAUGCUUCAGAAUGAAUUUGUGUUUUAUGCCCCUCCCCAGUAUUGUAGAGCAAGUCUUGUGUUAAAAGCCCAGUGUGACCGUGUCAUGAUGUAGUAGUGUCUUACUGGUUUUUUAAUAAAUCCUUUUGUAUAAAAA